AUGGGUCGCUUGUCGGCGACGACAAGUGAUCGCUAUCGAACACGGUUGUUCGAGUCGUCAAGGAUCCAUCACCUUGACCCCAGUGCGAAAAACUAUCGCGCUGAACAUGAGUUCUUCAUCGAUGCUUUCUUUAAACAUCGAUGGUACAGUGGGAAUCGCAAACGUGAUGGUCCCUCACUGCUUCAAGCGUGGAACGCUUACAUCCACAAUCUUGAGGAUGUAGGUCGUGACGUUUGGAACGACAAACUUAUCAAAGCUCGUGAUAAGUUUGAGAAAAGAACCCCGACAGGUGCACGCUAUAAGCUGCAUCGUCUGUCUAGGGAGAGUGGGUUACACUGUCUUUUCUGGGGAGACCCGUGCCCUUGUUGUGUAAACAACUCUGCGCGCGCACCUAAGGAGGCUUACCUCCUUACUAGCCCGUGGUGGCGCGAACGCAUCUCUAGUGAGAUGUACGAAGGGAUUGACAACCUGAAAUCUCUUUACGACCGUGCCGGGAAGACUUUCUCCGGCGGUACUUCUGCGGCACAGGAUGUGCCGCGUCGUACUACUCAACCAGACCCAGUACGUCAAUCAUCAGUUGGGAGCGGGGCUCCCAAGUAUCCCAGGACGGGGGAUAGCCGCGCCACCGGACGAGAUAACUCGUCCGACGUCCGUUCACGUCGCGGUGGUUCAACAGCUGCUCAACUAGAUAGCGAUGGCCACCGCGAGAGUCCUCUAAUGGAGGUGGAGGAGGAGGAAAGACGCUCUCCACACGAUCAUGUGGAUCGGUGUGUUCCCGAGAGCUUCUUUGAUCACGUAACGCAAGGGUUACGCGACGAUCUCGAACAUAAGCGGGACAGGCGUCUUCAACUGGCUGACACUGUCUUGAAGCAUCGAGAUGAGUUUGCCUUUGCUCAGCUUGAGAACGAGAGAGUUUUGACGUCUCUGCGUGACGAGAAGAGGGUAGCUCGUGGGGAUGUUGACCGGUCUCGGGCUGAGAUAACUGCUCAUCAGACCCUUGUCGAUGGACACCAUCGGGAGCACAAGUCUCUCUGUGAGAUGCUUGAGCGCAAGGGCGUUCUUCAUCGAAAGAAGCAGCGUACUGAUGGUACGGCUUAA